AUGUUGGGGCUUUUCUCCCGCUCUCUGUUGGCAUUGCGGGCGAAGAGCGCAGCCGCACGAGAUAAGCGUCUUAAGGAUCGUAUUUCUGCACAAUUAGAAUUGGAGGCACAAGUGAAAGCACGUGUGGCAUGUUAUCCACACCGCACAUUAACACGUCCUGUCCUCCAACUGCAUAAAAAUCAAGUAAACACCCCAUUGUUUCAAUCACAAUUGCUUAGUCUAAACAAAAUGGCUCUUGACCUUCACUGUAUAUCCUUCAGUGCCCCUAAAGGACAUUGGGAUGCUGCUGUAGUGCUUAUUAAAAAUCACCCAGACGAGAAAAACUUUGAAGUGUGGGUGAAUCCAACAGUUCCUGGUUAUGAUGAUCGCAACUCUAUCGCUCCCAUGUAUGGAAUGUGGGAGAAUUGUAUUUCGUGUGGUGCCUGUAAUGCGUGGGUGCUGCGGCCGCAGUCUAUCACGUGUUGUGGAUGGGAUGAAUAUGGGAAUGAAAAGACGGAAGUAUUAGAUGGGAUGCGGGCACGGUGCCUUAUGCAUGAAUUAGAUCACUUGUACGGGAAAACAAUUAUGCAUCAGGCGUUGGGACCAGAGUUUAUUGUAAGUGGUAUUGCGAUGGGGCAGAGAGAUUUAUGGCCACCUAACUUUCCUUCAGCAGAGGCAUACAUUACAGCACCUCAUCAAUUUUUUGAUUACGUUAAAAAUAUGCCAAUAGUUCCUCCUGGAAUGGAGUGGUGGUAUGCACAGAAUAUGCAGCAACACUUUGAUGAUGCUCGAUUAAACAACUGA